GAGAAGUGUAUUUAAUUGAGGAUGAGAGGGAAUGAUAGUUGAGUUUGGGUGGGGGGGAGAGAAGAAAAACGCUAGGUAUGGAGAUUGAGAACGGGAUAUCGGAGUCUUUCGACUACGGUGGUUCUCUUCCCGUCAGGAAUGUACAAGAUCUUGCAGCCAAGAUCUCUGAUGAAAUCCCUCAAAGGUACAUCAGGCCCGAAAUCCAGGUAGACUCUGUCUCAUAUGAUGAGCGACUGGAGAUCCCCGUCGUUGAUCUAAGCAGGCUCUUUGACCAACAGUUCUCGCAGCUUGAAAUGGCCAAGCUUCACCAGGCUUGCCAGGAGUGGGGCUUUUUCCAGCUGAUAAACCAUGGAGUGGCUGAUGAAGUGAUUGAGAGAAUGAAAGCUGAUAUAGAUGAAUUCUUCAAGCUACCAUUGGAGGAAAAGAUGGCCCACUCUCAGCCCCCCAACAGUAUCGAGGGUUAUGGUCAAGCCUUCGUGGUCUCAGAUGACCAAAAACUCGACUGGGGAGACAUGCUCUUCCUCAUGGCCCGUCCAAUCCCCGCAAGGAAAAUGAGUUUGUGGCCCACGCAUCCCCCUUCUUUCAGGAAUACAUUGGACAAAUACUCAUUGGAACUGGAAAGAGUUGAAAUUCGGCUUCUGGGUUUGAUGGCUCAGAACUUGGGGUUGGAUCCGGAGAAGUUGAAGGACAGUUUUGUGGAUGGGGCACAAGGGGUGAGGAUGAAUUACUACCCUCCAUGUCCACAGGCAGAUAAGGUCUUGGGCAUCUCUCCUCAUUCUGAUUCCACAGGCCUAACAUUGCUUGUUCAAGUCAAUGAAGUGCAAGGAUUGCAAAUAAGGAAAGAUGGGAAAUGGGUCCCUGUAAAACCUAUUCCUGGUGCUUUCAUUGUCAAUAUCGGCGAUGUUCUUGAGAUACUAAGCAAUGGUGUAUAUAGAAGCAUUGAGCAUCGGGCUGUAAUAAACACAGAGAAGGAACGUCUCUCCAUCGCUGCAUUUCACAGUCCGGCUAUGAGCACGGCAAUCGGACCUCUUCCAGAUCUCACGAAAGACAGUGAAGCGUACUAUAAGACUGUAAGCAAUAAGGAUUAUGUGAAGUUUAUUAUAUCUAGUAAACUCGAUGGGAAGAGCACCUUGGAUGCCAUGAAGUUGAUAAAAUGAAUGGCUAUCUUGCUAGUGAAGUUAUGUUCUUGUGCACUUUGAACUCUCCCAUUAAUAUCUGCCCGUCAACGAGUCACUCGUUUGUAAUCUUUAAGUUUAUUGCCCACCCAAUGCUUGAAAAUUUCU